GACGCUGCCGGGCUCCUCCGGCACGUCGAGCGCGCUGCCGCUUUGAUCAGGGAUGCCGGAGACGGGAACACGCUCUGAUUGGCGCCGCUCCCGAUUUCUGGGAAUCAUGUGAUCCUGAUGUCAGCCUCUGUAACUGGAGCUGGCCCGGCCGGCCGGCACACACGAUUGGUGUGACCGCAGUCCUGUGCCGGACGUGAAUCGUUCAGCUGCUGCCGUGUCCCGCGGCGUGGUCAGGCCGAACCGGGAGCCGGCGAGUCACCCGGCAGUGCCGUGGACGGACACGCCAGACGGGAGGCGGACGUAAACUGGUAGGUUGGCCCUUCGCAGUCCCGCAGCCUUCGGUGAAAGUUGGGCUCCUUUCGCGGAGAUUAGAGCUACGUGACUGAGCUCCAAUCCUGCGCGAUAACAACAUGAGGCUACAGCUGAUCCACCAAAAGAUGAAGCCAUCACUACCAUCACCCAAUGGGAGUGUAAGCUGCACCCCACCAACCCCAGGACUGCACAAGAUCUACCGAGAGGCAGCCAUGGUGCUGUCUGUCAUCCUCAUCCUCGUCCUCGUGAUGCUGGUGCAGCUGCUGCUCUUCCCACUCAACCAGCGAGUCAGCCACACGGCUCGGACGCAGGGCGGAGAGCUACAGCCAGACAAGGACCAGAGCCAGGCUUGCACUGACCCCUGCAGUCUCACCCUUGUCGAAAGCAUUCCAGAAGGGAUACACUUUGAUCCCAAUUUCACCAGGAAUCCCUCCAUUUCUGAUGGUUGGAUGAGGCUGUUAAGCAGUGCUGGGAGCAGCGUUGACAUCGCUUCCUUCUACUGGACCAUGAGAAACAACGACACGAGGACAGCAGAGCCCACAGCCAGGCAGGGGGAAGCCAUACUAAAGGAACUACAGAGAGUAUCUGGGAAGCUCUCAGUCCGAGUUGUUGUUAGCAAGCCGAACAAGGAACAGACUCUGGCCGACCUUAAUCUGCUGAAGCAGAGUGGAGCCAAGGUGACAGUGGUGGAUAUGCCCAGACUGACCACUGGGGUUCUGCACACAAAGUUCUGGAUUGUGGAUAAGAAACACUUGUACAUUGGGAGUGCCAACAUGGACUGGAGAUCACUGACACAGGUGAAGGAGCUGGGAGCCAUCAUCUACAACUGCAGCUGUCUGGCCAAGGACCUGAUUAAGAUUUUUGAGGCAUACUGGAGUAUCGGUGGGCCCAAUAGUACCAUCCCUCACACUUGGCCCAGUAACUACUCCACGGCCUACAACAGAGAAAGUCCCAUGGAACUGAAGUUGAACGACACACCAGCCAGCGUUUACUUCUCGAGCUCUCCACCUGCUCUGUGCGCAAAGAACCGGACCGAUGAUCUCACAUCCAUCCUGAGCAUCAUUGACGAUGCAGAAAAGUUUGUGUAUGUGGCCGUCAUGAAUUACAUCCCUGUUACGAUAUUUACUCAUCCCAGAAGGUUCUGGCCAGCGAUCGACAACAGGCUGAGGAAGGCAGCGUUCGAGCGGAGGCUGCAGGUGCGUCUCCUGGUCAGCUGUUGGCAUCACACGGACCCUUCCAUGUUCCCCUUCCUCUACUCCCUGGCUGCCCUGAAAAGCCGCUGGAAACCCCUACAAGUGGAAGUGAGAGUCUUUGUUGUCCCAGCAACACAGAGGCAGAAAAAGAUCCCAUACUCCCGGGUCAACCACAACAAAUACAUGGUAACAGACAAGGUGGCCUAUAUUGGGACAUCCAACUGGUCUGGUGACUACUUUGAGAACACAGCGGGCGUGGGUCUGGUGGUAAACCAGUCCGAUUCAAGGGGACCGUCCCAAGCACCCACUGUCGCUCAGCAGCUGCGAGAGGUGUUUGAGCGCGACUGGCAAUCGCCAUACAGCAAGGUUAUGGACUCUGCGAAUAAGUGGUUCAGAAUCUGUAAAUAUCUUUAACCACAGCCAAGAAGCUGCUCACUUGGGGUUGGAAUAUUAGCCAGUACAACCCUGGGCAGAUUUCAGGAGUUUCCAAUGGUGUGAAUUUGUUACAGGAUGUGAUUAUUGAAUUUCCAGUGAGGGUUCUCCGGAUCACCCACUGUGACUUUUUGACAGAAGACGCAGGCAAUUCGCAAUCCAUGUUCUCCAGGUUGUCUGCAGUAAAUGAUCGGAGGGACCCUGGGGAAAGUGUGACAUGUUUGUUCCUCUGGAUGUUGCAAGCAGUGAUGGGGAGGUGCUGACUAGCUGUGGUUUAUUGUUGUGCCUCUCACCACACUGCUGUGAUACCCCGCUGUCGCCAGCGCUGUAGUGGUGUGGUCACACAACUACACUGGUCAUAGUCGAGCCAUCUCGCGCCACUAAAUUUGCUGUCCACAGCUGUUGGAGGUGGGGAGCAGGGGAGUGGAGUUCCCUGACUAUACAAAACUCAGCAGAGAAAUGUACAACUGGGCGCUACAGCAGCUUGGCAGUUAGCACGGCACAAAUAUAGCUUGAGAACCAGAGUUCAAUCCCAGUGUCCUCGGUAAGGAGUCUUUCUACAUCAUCCCCAUGGAAUGUGUGGGCUUUCUUCUGGUGCACAGCAUCCUCCCACAGUCCGAAGAUGUACCGAUCAGUAAGCUCAUAUGUCAUUGUCAAUUGUCACAUGAUUCGCUUAGGGUUAAAUUGGGAGUUGUCACGCGCAGCCCAGCUGUAUUGCUAAAUCAAUAAAUAAAUGCCACACGGGACUGGCAUCAAUCUCACAUAGUUGUAAGUGUGAAGGUUUUACCACGUGGUGCGUUAUUACACCAGAAUGUUACAACAGUCUGGAAGCAAGAUGUGCUGAGGUGUCAAUAGCAGAGGUGCACAGUAAAUGCUGUGUUCUAGACCCUCUGUACAAACAGCAGAGACACACAGAGCAUUCAGACUGGGUGACAGAGGGUA